CUUCGUAAUGGCAGUAUCGCACUAUUUUGCACUUGGGAGUAAAUGUUGGCGUUCGAAGUUACUUCGCACUCAAAGUUAUUUCGCACGUGCGAAAGAAUAGUAUGAUUGAAGUCACGAAUCAGAAUUUCAACAAGGUGUAUCCACACUUGGAGCACACGUUGAAAAACGCUAGCUUCAUAGCGAUUGAUGGGGAAUUCACAGGUAUAGAAGGUGAUGAUGUAAGAAAUAGCUUGUUUGAUUCCAUACACGAGCGCUAUGAGAAGAAUAGGAGCCACAUUCAGCCGUACAUAAUAAUUCAAUUCGGUAUUUCGGCGUUUCAACGAGUUCACGAUGAGAAUAAAUACACUGCGGAGGCUUUCAAUUUCUUUCUGCUGCCUAGAACUAUACCGUCAAAAAAUAGACAUUUUCUUUGGCAGAUAGCAUCGUUAGAGUUCCUGACCAUGUAUGGAUUUGAUUUUAAUAAACUUGCCUACAAUGGUAUUUCAUACCUUGAUGAGGUUGACAGGGCAGUCUUAACACAACAGAUACAGGAGGAUACAUUGUUCAACAAUGUGAUGCAAUCUAUUUCUUACAAGGAGGAAGAUGAUUUUAAAACUGCAGUCACUCAAAUAUUUGAAUGGCUAAAGACAGCUAGUGAUGGAGUAGGUUCUAUUAAAGUUGAAUCCUCUACUCCAACUUUGCAAUACUUUAUGCAUAAAGAAUUGAGAAAACGUUUCUCAAAUAUUUGGACUUACUCUGGGAACAACGUGAUAACUGUAAUUAAAGUGUCACCAGAAUUGAGAAACAUUCUGGAAGAGGAAGAAGGCUCCAUAUUAGAAAAUGUAUUGCUCGAAUCAUAUAUAGGUUUUACAAAAGUAUUCAAUCUCUUGGUUACUUUGAAAAAACCUAUAAUUGCACAUAAUGCUUUUUUAGACUUUAUGUUCAUACAUCAACAAUUUUAUAAGCCAUUACCACAAAAAUAUAUUGAUUUUAAGAAUAAUAUACAUCAACUGUUUCCAACAAUUUAUGACACCAAAUUCUUAAGUUUUGAACUGAGAAAUAUUCUCCAAACAGAAGAAAAGUGGAAAGAUAAUACUUUAAGUGGCUUAAUGAGUCAUUUUACAGGAAGCCAUGGAAAAUAUAUAAUGCCAGGAUCGCCUGUCAUUAAACUCACGACAGAUUCAGACGAAUUAAAUGAUAUUGUUUCUUCUAAGAAAUAUCAUACCGCCGGAUGGGACGCUUAUUUUACCGGUUAUUUAUUUAUUAGAAUAACUCAUGUAUUUGCUACAAAGCAAUAUCGACAAGGCUUAAAUUCAAAGGAGUUUACACAUAUAGAAUUGAUGAAUAGCAUAAAAAGCUUUGCAAACUGUGUAAAUAUCAUACGUGGCAAUACGUCAUAUUUGAGAUUUGACGGGAGUGAACCUAAAUCGACUCGACCAAAAUGGCUUUAUGUGAAAAUGUUAUCAUCAAAUUCAGUAACCCCCUCACAGGUAGCUGAAAAAAUGUCAAAGUUUGGCAUGGUUGACGUGAAACAAUGUACACCGAAUCGCUUGUUAGUUGCAGUAGCAAAUCACGGAAGCGCACGAGACAUAUUACUACACUUCAAGAAAAAUAAUGAGCUGUACGUAGUGCCGUAUAAUCCAAUACGGCAUUCAUCCUCGGUUCAACUUAUCCUAUGUUCCACGUACGCAAAUGCAAUCCUGGCGGACGAUCAACGUGUACAAAUACAGAAAAUAUAACGUCGACGUGGGCGGAUGACAUUUCUCAAACUUAUAAAAAUGGUACUGGAUCACGACACACGUAAACACAUUUGGCAGCAGUGUAAACGCACGCCGGCGCUUGUCUGUGAAAUUGAAAUCCAUUGGCGAGUCUUCAACAU